AUGUUUUUUUCCGCAUUGCUGAUUAUUGCCAGUAGGGGUUUGUUCAGUUCUGUUUCGGGGUCUCCCGCUGUGGAGGAAGCGUACAGGGCUGUGCUCAGCGUCGUGUCUCCAGGACAGCAUUAUCUGAACAGGGAAUCCCUCGGCUCUGUCUUUAAUACACUGGAGAAACGUGUGCAGUGUGGUGAAGUGUCGUGUGAAAAGUGUGAUCUAUUGGAUGCGUUUCACCAGCUGAUCAGCAAUCAUUCCACCCACGGAGAGGAUAAAACCGAAAAUGGCAGAAAAAGUGAAACCAUUAGCGUGUCUCAGUUCCCGGCUCUCGCUGCUGGAUGCGUCCUGUACCUCUCCUCCCCUGGUCUGGUCUGCACCGCGGUGAGGCAGGGGACAUGGGGACAGGAGGCCCAACACUUCCUACGUAAACAAACACAUCAGGGUCACCAUGAAGAGAGCGAGCGGCACCAGGACCGUGAACACGUGCACAUAGAUGUUCAUGAGUUGAAGGUCCUGCUUCAAGAGCUUCACAAUCACGAUGAUCCCUCAGACAGAGAGAGCUGUGUAACAGCUGCUGACAUCACAACAGAGGUUAACCCAUCAUCACCAGACCAGAGGCAGGAAGUGGGUGCAGUUUUGGGCCACGUCCUGUAUCACGCCUUGCAAGGUCACUGCUUCAUUAGCCGAUCCCUGCCUGAGGAGAGCUUCUUCCUGGAUUACAUCAUGGACCGUCUGGGGCCGGAGAACUUCACCGUCGAGGAUUUGGAGGCUUUCAUGAGGAGUCUGAACCUCGGACAUCACCCCAAAGAUGAGCCCGAACACCAGGAAGACCAACACGCUGAUCACGAUCACAGUGGCUUAAGACGGAGGAAGAGGAGCAGCCUUGAACAUCGCGAGAGGCAUGGGGGAAACGUCACCUGGAAUCGGUUCUGCGCCUCGGCCGAGGAGCUGGUCCUGAUCUACGGCCUGGCGGACAACAGCUCGGUCUCCUCGGGUCUGAGUCGGACAGACUUGGCUCGGCUCAGCCCGGCACUCGUCCAGCAGAUCCUGAGCGGAGCGUGUGCGGACAUCACAGAGCCACCGACACCAGACGGGCUCACCAUGACUGAGAAAUAUGUCUAUGCAACCAUUGCCAACAUGGUGAUAACACUGACGUCCAUGUUUGGCAUUGUGUUGCUGCUCUGUACCUCCUUCACCAGUGUGUUCCAGUUUUGUAUCCAGUUUUGCAUCAGCCUGGCUGUCGGUUCCCUGACUGGAGAUGCAUUACUCCACCUGACACCCAUGUUUUUAGGUUUGCAUGUGCACUCAGACAACACCGACAGCCACAAGAACUCGCAUGCCCCUUACCAGGAAGAAACUCCAGACUACAUUUACAAGAUGUUGGUACUUAUCGGCGGUAUCUACUACUUUUAUUUGAUGGAAACAAUCUUCUCUUUGGUUGCAUAUGAAGAUAAUCAUCACCAUCAUCAACACCAUCAUGGAGAAGAAUCAGAGCCCCAUCACUGUGACCAUGGGCAGGUUUUAGAGAUGUAUGAACAGGAGAGAAAACAAAAAGACAAGUCACAGUCAGCAUCGAGGGCAGACCUGGUCGGCAAUCAAGACAAUGAGAAAUCUCUUUCAGAGCCGAAAGAGCGCACCAGAGAACAGCGGCUGCUGCCUUAUAUGAUAACUAUCGGCGACAGCAUCCACAACUUUGCAGACGGCUUAGCGAUGGGCGCUGCUUUCUCCCUGUCGUGGAAGUCCGGUCUGGCCACAUCGCUCGCAGUCCUCUGCCAUGAACUACCACAUGAACUGGGGGAUUUUGCCAUUUUGCUCCACAGCGGCAUGUCCGUCCGCAAGGCGUUGCUUCUGAACGUUGGCAGCGCCAUGACCUCGUUCGUUGGCCUGUACAUCGCUCUGUCUGUAGCCACUGACCUCGCCACCAAACAGUGGAUAGCGGCCAUUUCUGCAGGACUCUUCCUGUACGUCGGGCUGGCUGACAUGCUCCCCACCAUGGUCCACAUCAGCAACAAGAAGCCCUGGCUGAUGUUUCUGCUGCAGAACCUCGGCCUUCUGACCGGGUGGGGCACUCUGUUGCUGCUGUCACUUUAUGAAGAGAGGAUCAGCUUUUAA